GCUGUUUGCUGUGCACUAUAACAAAUCUCUUGUGCGCUCACUCAUUGUCCACCGCUCACUACGCGUACACCAUACACGAAAUCUCGCGACUUAUUUUCCCUUAUUGUUUACCCCAUCUUCAGUGACAAACCAACAAAAUCGAGAUGGCCACAUACGCUGCAUACAGACACAUUGAGCUCGACAAAGUUGGCUACAGCAAAAAAAGAGUUUGCAACCGUUCAAGCGAGAUUUUCAACGUAAUGUGUUCUCCAACCUCCUCCCCGAAAUCCAAUGGCAAUGUAACCCCGAGACGUUCAUCAAGCCACAACGAUUCUUUUACCCGUUUGUUUGGCACCCCCGAGGCCAAAAAAAUCGUGCCAAGGAGAGCCUCUCUUCCCAAACAAGACGUAAACAACCGCAAUUGCGUCACCGGUAACGGAGUGCAAAGUUAUGACAGCAGACCAGCCAGCCGCAACACUCCUAGAGUUCACACAGAGAGAAACCCUGUGACCGGAGAAACCUAUACCAUCGUGAGCCCUGCCACCACCCCCACAAAACCAGUCCAAAAUGGAUUCGCCUAUCCAAACGGCACCUCCACCCCUGUCCAAAACGGAAAAUCCACUCCAAUGUCCAACGGAAAAUCUCCAAUGUCCAACGGAAAAUCAACCCCCAUGAUGAACGGAAAGUCCACUCCCAUGAUGAACGGAAAAUCCACCCCGAUUAUGAACGGAAAAACCCCCAAGCAAAACGGAACACCCAUCAUGAACGGAAACGGACCCCUCAACGGACACGCUUAAAAAAUUAAAGCGAGAAAAUAAUUUUUUAAAUUUUCCCAAAUUCCCUUUUAUUAACUUAUUAAAAUUUUCCAGGCCUAACAAGUUCUCAUAGAUUCCAAAAAGAAGUACAAUUCAGAUAAAAUCGUUUCAUUAUAAUUAAUCGAAUAGUUAUUUCAUUACUUAUAUGUUAUCAAUCAUUAAUCAAAUCAUUUUAUAAUUUUAACAUGUCAAACCAAAUUUUACUUUAGAAACUUAAAUAUAUAGGUAAUAUAUUAUAUAUUAUUAAGUAAUCGAAUAAACUGUUACAAUAAAUAGAUUCACUUUGUAAUCAUC